AUGGACCUUGCGGAGCUGCAGGCCCGUUGGCUGGCCUUUCGGGAGGUCUACUUGGACGUCUUGGAAACGGGAGGGCGGGCCCGAAAUCUGCACAGCAAGCGCCUGGACGCGCUGGAGGAGGCCGCGCGUCCCUUCCGAGAGCGGCGAUUAGAGCGGUGGAACCGGCUGGCCAUGCUCCGGGAGGACCACCCCAGGCACCGGGGGAAGAAGGCUGCUUUGGCCUUCGAGCGGUCUCUGCGGCCGAAGGCAGCCACACGUGUGGCGCCCUGCAGUGUCGCAGGCCGCAAAAGGCCCCGCGGCGAGUUCCAGCGCAAGACCUCGCGGGAGGAUCGCGUCGCUCAGAGGCUCGCUUGGCUGUUGCUGCGAUGGGACCGUGCCCACCGCAAGAUUCUGCGCUUUGAAGCUCUGGAUCGUCAGGCCGCCGCCAGGCUGGCAGCGCGGCGCAGGCAGAAGCAGGCCGCCGCCGCACGCGCGGAGGCGCGCCGGCGCCGGAUCGAAGAGGCUGCCGCGAGGUCGGCGGAGAAAGCCAGCGCCAAGCGCAGGAAAGAAGAGCAGAGCUCCCGAUGGAAGUGGCUGAACCGGAAGGACAUCACCAUGGAAGAGCUGCUGCACUUCCGGAACAUGGGUUGCCACCAAGAGGCCGAGCAGGAGUUUGCUGAGCGCACGUCGCCCGCGCAUUGUGCGCAGAGCCCCCUAUCUCUGUCUUUUUUGUUAGCAGGCCGGGGUGCUUAA